UUCAUUUCGAAAUUCCCAUCGUUCAAAUCUCAGAAAUCCAUUUACUGUGACCGGAAAUGUCCCGGCGGCGUACUGAAGCAUGUUCCCUACCCAUUCGGCUUCUCCUCCGGCUGUGAAAUUCAACUGAAUUGCGCUUCAAACGGCACCGUUUCAAUCAGCGAAUUCGAUGUUCAAGAAAUCAACCAAGACGCUUUGCUUGUCAGCCUUCCCGCCAAAUGUGGACGCGCAGUCGCCGCCUUCCACCGUCUCUACAGUGACCACUACGCGCCGACGUCUAACAACGCCAUCCUCAUGGAAAACUGCACAGGUCAGGUGAGGACUUGCAUGAUUCCGGCGACGAUGGUGCAAACCCACCUCGAGAUUCUUGAUUGCGGAGGUGAAAGUAAUGUUUACAGUAACGUGAGCUGUUACUCCGGCGAUAAGCACCGUAUGUUUCUUGAUUAUGAGAAUCUGACGAGGACAGGAUGCCGGGUUUUGCUUUCGGGGAUUGUGUCACAGAUGAUCGGAGAUAGUCCGGCGGUGUCUUUGGAUGUUCAGGUGGUUAAGUUAGGGUGGUGGCUUAAGGGUCAGUGCCAGUGUUCCGAUGAUGCUAUUUGUACCAAGAUCGUGUCGCCGGCCGAUGGAAGCGCUGCCUAUCGAUGUCAAUGUCAGGAUGGGUUCGUUGGUGAUGGAUACAAAGCUAACUCCGGCUGCCGGAAAGGUUCUUCUCCUUGUAAUCUUUCAAAAUAUUUGACCGGUCGUUGCGAAGGAAAGAGUAGAGUCGGCAUUCUCAUCGGAGCUGUUACAAUCGGAGCAUCGUCGAUUGUUUGUGUGUGCCUAGUUUAUUGCUACCUUCGUCACCGUACCAUUUCAAAAUACCGAUACAAGAGAAACCGUCGGUUUUGUGGAGUGAAAGGCAUAACUAUUCCCAUAUAUCCCUACAAAGAAAUUGAGAAGGCCACAAAUAGUUUCUCCGAUAAGCAAAAGCUCGGAACGGGAGCUUACGGCACGGUCUACUCCGGCAAACUACGUAAUGGCGAAUGGGUAGCGAUUAAACGGAUUAGACAUCGGUACGAUACCGAUAAUAUCGAGCAAGUCAUGAAUGAGAUCAAUCUCCUUUCGUCGGUAAGCCACCCGAAUCUUGUUCGUUUAUUAGGUUGUUCUGUUGACAAUGAUGAUCAGAUACUCGUGUACGAGUUCAUGCCGAACGGAACCUUAUCCCAACAUUUGCAAAAAGAGAGAGGUAACGGGCUACCUUGGCCCGUUCGUCUUACGAUUGCCAUUGAAACUGCUCAAGCGAUAUCUUAUCUACACUCGACUAUGAACCCCCCAAUUUAUCAUCGAGACAUAAAGUCGAGCAAUAUAUUAUUGGAUUACAAUUUCAAAACAAAAGUAGCAGAUUUUGGUCUUUCCAGACUCGGAAUAAUAGAAUCGUCACACGUUUCAACAGCACCACAAGGGACACCGGGUUAUCUUGAUCCGCAAUAUCAUCAGAACUUUCAUCUAUCCGAUAAAAGCGAUGUUUAUAGCUUUGGGGUCGUGUUGGUUGAGAUCAUAACAUCUUUGAAAGCUGUAGACUUUUCACGAGAUCGUAAUGACAUCAAUUUGGCAUCUCUAGCCAUCGAUAGAAUCGGAAGGGGGUGUUUGGAUGAGAUAAUCGAUCCAUUCCUCGUGCGAAACAAAGACACAUCAACCUGUAACUCAAUUCAUAAGGUUUCCGAGGUGGCUUUCAGAUGCCUCGCGUUCGAUAGUGAUAUGAGACCCCCGAUGACAGAAGUUCUUGUUGAGCUCGAGCAAAUUAGGGCUAGCGAUCGUGCAUCAUUGCAGGAUACCAAUAACGUUUCUUCUCACCGUUCACUAUCGUUUGUUGCUAACAAGAACUCAAUGGGUGUCGAGGUUAUAAAGAACGAAUCUGACACGAGUAACUUCGAGGCUAAAAUUAUAAGAAAAACUUCAUCCAAAUCCGUGCAAGAUUGAUGGCCAAGUGACUCUAGUUCAACUUCAGUGAACAACAGUCCAGCAAAUUGUGACUGUAAAAAUCAACCAUGAUAAAUUCAGUGGUCAUAAUUGUUGUGUACACUGGAAUCGAGCUCUGGAAAGAUAGGAUAUUCCACCACAUCCCCCAGAACCUCAACCACUACGUCACAAUCUUUAUGGUUUUAAUUGAACAAUCUUCUUGGUUUAGUUUGUGCAUGUAAUUGGCUCGCCUUUGUUGUGGUUAAAGGUUUGAAAUUGUA